AUGGAGGCUGCACACUCCAAGAGCACCGAGGAAUGUCUGGCCCAUUUUGGGGUGAGCGAGACCACGGGCCUCACCCCAGACCAAGUGAAGCGGCACCUGGACAAAUACGGCCCCAAUGAGCUCCCGGCUGAGGAAGGAAAGUCCUUGUGGGAGUUGGUGGUAGAGCAGUUUGAAGACCUCCUGGUACGGAUCCUCCUUCUGGCUGCCUGCAUUUCCUUUGUGCUGGCCUGGUUUGAAGAGGGCGAGGAGACAGUCACCGCCUUUGUGGAACCCUUUGUCAUCCUCCUGAUCCUCAUCGCCAACGCCAUUGUGGGGGUUUGGCAGGAGCGAAAUGCAGAGAAUGCCAUCGAGGCUCUGAAGGAGUAUGAGCCCGAGAUGGGAAAGGUCUACCGAGCUGACCGGAAGUCCGUGCAGAGGAUCAAGGCUCGGGACAUUGUCCCCGGGGACAUCGUGGAGGUGGCCGUGGGGGACAAAGUCCCUGCAGAUAUCCGGAUCCUCUCCAUCAAAUCCACCACCCUCCGGGUCGACCAGUCCAUCCUCACAGGGGAGUCCGUCUCUGUCAUCAAGCACACAGACCCUGUCCCCGACCCCCGGGCUGUCAACCAGGACAAGAAGAACAUGCUGUUCUCGGGUACCAACAUUGCAGCUGGCAAGGCCAUCGGCAUCGUGGCCACCACUGGGGUGGGCACUGAGAUCGGCAAGAUCCGUGACCAAAUGGCGGCCACCGAGCAGGAGAAGACCCCCCUACAGCAGAAGCUGGAUGAGUUUGGGGAGCAGCUCUCCAAAGUCAUCUCCCUCAUCUGCGUGGCCGUCUGGCUCAUCAACAUCGGCCAUUUCAACGACCCCGUCCACGGCGGCUCGUGGUUCCGAGGGGCCAUCUACUAUUUUAAGAUUGCCGUGGCCCUGGCCGUGGCCGCCAUCCCGGAAGGCCUUCCCGCCGUCAUCACCACCUGCCUGGCCCUGGGCACCCGGCGGAUGGCUAAGAAGAACGCCAUCGUGAGGAGCUUGCCCUCCGUCGAGACCCUGGGCUGCACCUCUGUCAUCUGCUCCGACAAGACAGGCACCCUCACCACCAACCAGAUGUCCGUCUGCAAGAUGUUUAUCGUCGACAAGGUGGACGGGGAUGCCUGCUCCCUGAACGAGUUCUCCAUCACUGGCUCCACUUAUGCUCCGGAGGGAGAGGUCUUGAAGAAUGAUAAGCCAGUGCGGGCAGGGCAGUAUGAUGGGCUGGUGGAGCUGGCCACCAUUUGUGCCCUCUGCAACGACUCCUCCUUGGACUUCAAUGAGUCUAAAGGUGUCUAUGAGAAGGUCGGGGAGGCCACCGAGACAGCCCUCACCACGCUGGUGGAGAAGAUGAACGUGUUCAACACCGACAUCAGGAACCUCUCCAAGGUGGAAAGGGCCAACGCCUGUAACUCGGUCAUCCGCCAGCUAAUGAAGAAGGAAUUCACCCUGGAGUUCUCCCGAGACAGGAAGUCCAUGUCCGUCUAUUGCUCUCCAGCCAAAUCUUCCCGGGCUGCUGUGGGCAACAAGAUGUUCAUCAAGGGGGCCCCUGAGGGUGUCAUCGACCGCUGUAACUACCUGCGAGUAGGCACCACCCGGGUGCCCAUGACAGGGCCCGUGAAGGAGAAGAUCCUGUCCGUGAUCAAGGAGUGGGGCACUGGCCGCGACACCCUGCGCUGCCUGGCCCUGGCCACCCGGGACACGCCCCCGAAGCGAGAAGACAUGUUCCUGGACGACUCUGCCAAGUUCGUGGAGUACGAGUUGGACCUGACCUUUGUGGGCGUGGUAGGCAUGUUGGACCCACCCCGAAAGGAGGUCACAGGCUCCAUCCAGCUGUGCCGAGAUGCAGGCAUCCGAGUGAUCAUGAUCACAGGGGACAACAAGGGCACGGCCAUCGCCAUCUGCCGGCGCAUCGGCAUCUUCGGAGAGAUGGAGGAGGUGGCAGACCGGGCUUACACUGGCCGGGAGUUCGAUGACCUGCCCCUGGCUGAGCAGCGGGAAGCCUGCCGCCGCGCCUGCUGCUUUGCCCGUGUGGAGCCCUCCCACAAGUCCAAGAUCGUGGAGUUCCUGCAGUCCUUUGACGAGAUCACUGCCAUGACAGGUGAUGGCGUCAACGACGCCCCUGCCCUGAAGAAGGCGGAGAUCGGCAUUGCUAUGGGCUCUGGCACCGCAGUGGCCAAGACCGCUUCUGAGAUGGUGCUGGCCGACGACAACUUCUCCACUAUUGUGGCCGCCGUGGAGGAGGGCCGCGCCAUCUACAACAACAUGAAGCAGUUCAUCCGCUACCUUAUCUCCUCCAACGUGGGAGAGGUGGUCUGCAUCUUCCUGACGGCCGCCCUGGGGCUACCUGAGGCCCUGAUCCCCGUGCAGCUUCUGUGGGUCAACCUGGUGACAGAUGGGCUCCCGGCCACGGCCCUGGGCUUCAACCCGCCAGACCUGGACAUCAUGGACCGGCCGCCCCGAAGCCCAAAGGAACCUCUCAUCAGUGGCUGGCUCUUCUUCCGCUACAUGGCAAUCGGGGGUUAUGUGGGUGCGGCUACAGUAGGUGCAGCUGCCUGGUGGUUCCUGUAUGCUGAGGACGGGCCACAGGUCAACUACAGCCAGCUGACUCACUUCAUGCAGUGCACCGAGGACAACCCGGACUUUGAGGGUCUGGACUGUGAGGUCUUUGAGGCCCCUGAACCCAUGACCAUGGCCUUGUCUGUGCUGGUCACCAUUGAGAUGUGCAAUGCUCUCAACAGCCUGUCUGAGAACCAGUCGCUCCUGAGGAUGCCGCCCUGGGUGAACAUCUGGCUCCUGGGCUCCAUCUGCCUCUCUAUGUCCCUCCACUUCCUCAUCCUCUACGUCGACCCCCUGCCAAUGAUCUUCAAGCUCCGGCCCCUGGACUGGAACCAGUGGUUCAUGGUCCUCAAGAUCUCACUUCCGGUCAUCGGGCUGGACGAGCUGCUCAAGUUCAUUGCUCGGAACUAUCUAGAAGAUCCUGAAGAUGAACGAAGGAAGUAACCAGUCCUUCCUCCCCAUAAGGAUGCAUCUUCAGCCAGAGCUGUGGCACGCCACCCCCCCAUGUCCCCCACAUUGUCUGUUUAUAAACUCUGAGCCCCACACCCCUCUCCCCAUUUACCUUGUAAACCCUCCCCCUUGUGGGGCUUGCCAGGGACAAGGCGACCGACCGACGGAGCUGAGCUGCUUAUUUAUUGAAAAUAAAUGACAGAAAAGUC